GGUGGGUAGGACUUUCUCACUCAUUACUUUGGAAGGAAGUCAGGUGACUGACAGCAACUGGGAACAGAGGUAAUAGGGGCAGGACUGGGAUAAAACAGCAAAAUCCAAACCAGCAUAGUUUUCUGCUGAUUCAAGGAUGGGUGGAUAGCACCGUAACCUAGUAGUGGGGAAAGGCCCUCCAGCUACAUAGGAGCUGGAAAUGUAGAGGGGUGAUUAUAUGCUUAUUCCAAUAGUCAUAGAAUCCCUACAGAAGAUGCCCAAAAUCUAACAACACACACUGUCAAAGAGAAGACUGGUAAGACAAGGCAAGUACCCAGUUAGCUUUAUUUUGGGUUUUUCCUGUAAAUGAGAAUGUAGUAACAGAAAAGUAUGAAGGGGAUUCAUCACUCAUCCCACCUUUUGGUCUCCCAUUAGUUGUAUCUUUUUACUUUUGAAGACGGGGGGUUUUUUGAGUUGUAAUCUACUCAUGCACUUCCCUUAGAACACUAUGUUAGCUGUAACACUGCAGUUAUGUGUAAGUGUUUAUCUCUGGAGACAGUGGAGGUAGGAUAAGACAAACUUGGAGCAACACACAGUAUAAGCUGAAGGGCCCCUUUAGGACCAGAAAGUCCAGAGUCUGCAGUUGCUUAACUGCACUAAUGUGAACAAAGUUCUUGUGUAACAAAUAGGAACCUCCAGCUUGGCAUACUUUUCUAAACACAUCCUUUUUCAGGAUAUUUCAGAACUGGUCUCAGUGUAAUGGAACAGAACCACAACACUGUGGAAGAGACUUCUACCAGUGGGCUUUCUGUCUCUCCUUGUCAGCCAAAUAGCUCUAAAAUUCCUGUGUCCAAUGAUGAUGACAAAGCUGGUGCUGCGUUACUUUUCUCUGGAGUCUUUUUGGGGGUUGUAGGGUUCACCUUUACUGUGAUGGGAUGGGUGAAAUAUGAAGGUGUCGUUCACUUUGUAUGGACUCGAUUGCCUGGACCUGCUCUGCUUUCAGUGGGUGUGACAUUUUUGCUGAUUGCUGUGUGCAAAUUUAAAAUAUCCACCUGUAACUCAUGCAACCAGAGCGAAGAAAGGGCACCUGACACAGAAAGGACACAUAACGGGCUUUUUGCUGGAAUUAGCCAGCCCAUCACUUUCCAUGGAGCUGCAGUGGUGCCUUACCUGCCGCCUUCUCCAACUCAGGGAGGGGUUGCCGCCAAUUGGCACCAAGCAUUGAGCCAUUCUGAAUUUCACCCUGGCUCCACAUCAAUAAUUCCUGUUUUUAAUCCUCAUUCUGAUAAUGCCAGUCCCAUGGGUAGUUCAGCAUUCUCUACAGACAACUACUCUGCUUAUCUUACAGUGGACACCGCAAGUGAAAGGUAAGUUAUUUGUGAGUGUUGCACUUCAGGGCAGAAGCUCCUACAAGGUCCAGGUCAACUAACAGUCUUGAAGAACCUGAAGAGAUACUGGAUGAAGAUCUUUGCAGUGACUCCUUACCUCCUCCUCAUGAGAAGCUGUUCCCACCUUUGCCAUAAACAGACCUGCCUAUUAUCUCCAUAAGGAUUGAAUCUGCUUUGGUAAGACCAUCAAUGUAUAUAAACUGAAUAACUGUAAACCAGAUAUAUGUGUUUUACUGACAAUUA